AGUGUCCGCAACGAAAGUGACAUUUACAGCUCCGUGCGCGCUCGCCUGCCGCUGUUCUUCUUUCGAAAAAAUAGGCAGUCGGCAAUGCGUUAGGCUGGUGAAAUUACACACGCAACGUGUUAUCAAAUGAUACGUGAGUGUAGGAGGCAUGGAUAACGAAGCCGACGACGCCUUACGGCUGGAGCGACGGGCCAUCAAGCGCAUCGUCGAUGCCAAGCUCAAGGCGAGGCCAGAGCUGUUUGAGCAGGAAGGGGAUGGCUGGAGCAAGCUUGGCUAUGCCAGCAGCUUCAACAUGGAGCCGAACUCGCUGCCAGACAACGUCGAGCGCAUUCACGUCGACUGUGUGUCGCCUGACGAGUUCAUCGAGAAGUUCGAGAAGCUCUACAAGCCCGUCGUCAUCCAGGGAGCCACGGACAACUGGAAGGCCCAAUACAAGUGGACGCUACCCAGGUUAGCGAGGAAGUACCGCAAUCAGAAGUUCAAGUGCGGCGAAGACAAUGACGGCUACAGCGUCAAGCUCAAGAUGAAGUAUUUCGUCCACUACAUGGAGAACAACAGAGACGACAGUCCCUUGUACAUUUUUGACAGCAGCUUUGGCGAACACUCGCGACGUGCCAAGCUGCUGGAGGACUACCAAGUGCCUGACUACUUCAGCGACGACCUCUUCCAAUAUGCCGGUGAGGAGAAGCGGCCCCCAUAUCGAUGGUUCGUCAUGGGCUCUGCCCGUUCAGGCACUGGCAUCCACAUUGAUCCCUUGGGAACCAGCGCAUGGAAUGCGCUGGUGCACGGCCACAAAAGGUGGUGCCUUUUCCCGACGCACACGCCAAAGGAGAUGCUAAAGUUGAGGCCCGAAGACGGUGGCAAGCAGGGCGACGAGGCAAUAACUUGGUUUCGCCUGGUCUACCCAAGGACGCAGCAGCCGUCCUGGCCCGCUGACUGCAAGCCACUGGAGUUGGUGCAGAAGCCCGGGGAGGUCGUGUUUGUGCCAGGCGGCUGGUGGCACGUGGUUCUCAACCUCGACCACACCAUCGCGGUGACGCAGAACUUCUGCAGCCGCACAAACUUCCCCAUCGUGUGGCACAAGACGGUGCGGGGAAGGCCGAAGCUCUCACGCAAGUGGUAUGAGGCACUCAAGGAGCACAGGCCCGAGCUAGCCGCUGUUGCCGACAAGGUGGACGUGUCUCGAGAUUCCGGUGUUGCCUCAGACAGCUCUUCCGGCUCCAGCUCAUCAUCCUCCGAUUCCUCCUGCUGUUCGAGCUCGGAUGAAGACUCUGGCAAGGGCAGCCUAAACGGCUACAAGCGCAAGAGAAAGCGCUCAUCGAGUAGAGAAGACCGAAGGGAGCACAAGCGGGGCUGCAGCAGGUGUUGAGAAAGCAUUUCCAUAGACCGGUUGCAAGUGUGCGUGUGAUGCCAAAAAUGGAGAUAGAUGGGAGAGGGCCAUCGUCAUCGCCCGUUACGGUGUGACAUUAGCCUGUGACUGCAGUGGACAUUGCCGUCUAGACAGGUCUUUGUUCUUGAGACUGCAAGCACCGCAACCCACCCCUCCGUGACUCUGCACCCGCCCCUCCGCUUUUUGUCACUUUUUUUGUCAAAAGAACGUGGCACCAUCCAGCAUACAUGCCGGUAGAAGUCAAGUCACGAGUGUUACUGUCCAGUUUUCUUUUUUUUUACACCGAUCAUCAUUGCCACAUGGACAGGGCCUCGAUUCUGCAUAAUUAUAUUUUAAGCGACCCAUCAUUCUUCCACUCUUUUCUCUCGUCAUUAUUUAUGGUACUUUGUUGCCAUUCACGUUCUUUCUGUGCUCAUGCUGCCAUUGAAAUAAGGUCUUUCCGUGCAUCGUUGUUCACAUGUAAUAAAGAAGAAGUUACAAUUAUUUAA